AUGGUAGUCGAAACAAACAACAGUGCCAGUAAUGACUCCAUCGAUCAAAUUGAGUUAUCCCAAGGUCCAGUGAUGAAUAUUUCUGGGAGACGUCGAGACACUCCUCGCAUUAGGGGGAAAAAGAAGACGGCUGAUGCUAAAGAUGCAGGGCAGGGACAGCCCAAAAUCAGCCCUAGAACAUUUCCAACGAUCCUAAGUAGAAUUCUGUUGAAAUGUAGCUCUCCACCACCACUGCCCCCAAGCGAUCCGUACAAAGUCGACUACACACAGAAGCUGUGUUUCCUGCGUGUAAAAAAACCAGUCGAACGGAAGCGCUUAUACCAUAUGUUCCUGUCGACGUCUACGCCUCUAGGCAACGACUUCGAGAAAGUGAAUUCUAUGUACAGGAAUAAAGCAGACUUUAAAAUUGACCACCAAUUCAGCGUGGGCACAAUCUGUGCAGGAUCACUGUACCGCAGAGUUCAGAAACACUUUUCCGAUGCUACGUGGAACAAGCAAGGGAAUGUUUUUGAAAUGGAAAUGAUUGGAGAGUGUGACGCCUAUGGGGUUCAAAAUAAAGUGUAUCAGAUGCACAGUGAGGAAGUGGAAAAACUAUUUAAUUACAUAAAGUACUUGAGCAUUACAAAGAGCUGAACCAAAACUGUCUUUAAAUAUCUGAGUUGUGAUUGUUUUUUACAUCUUUAUUAAAACUCGUCUUUAAACAUA